AUGUUCAUCUCCAUCCUGUCCUUUAUCGCCAUGGCUGCCGUCGCCCAAGCCCUUCCUGCCACGCUCGUUGGCCGCCAGACCGUCAACGCAACUUCCCCUUUGGAGAGUGCCUACGGUCCAUUGGUUGAUUACGGCGACGUCGGCAACGAGGAAUCCCUCGCCUUCUGGCUCAUCGUCAUCCUUGUCCCCAUCUGCGGCUUCAUCGGUCUCACAUCCGUUAUCCUUUUGGCCCUCAACAGGCACCGCCGUCGCGCCGCCCUUGCCGCUCCCAACACCGAGGACGGCAACUCUAUUAACACCGUUGUGGGCACGCCCGAGUCUAAGAGUGUCAACCUUCCUGGCAAUGUUGGCAAGGGCCUCAGCGACAGCACCACCACGCACGAGUUUGUUGCUACACUCACGUACGCUUCGCCGCCCGCCAUCCCCAAGUGA